AGAGAAUUCCACCUCAAGCAGAGCACCUUCUAGAUUGCUCCUGGGGGGUGGAGACGGAAGUCUCUGCUAUCCGAAUUAGUGGAAUCCAGAGAAAGGAAAUCAUGGUUAUAUAAACAUGGGGAAAGAAGUACAGCUAAGGCCCAAGGUGAAUGUCUCGUCUUACAUUCACUUUAUGCUAAAUUACAGGAACAAGUACAAGGAGCAACAGCCAAAUGCCUACCUUGGCUUUAAAGAGUUCUCUAGAAAGUGUUCAGAAAAAUGGAGAUCUAUCUCGAAGCACGAAAAGGCAAAGUAUGAAGCCCUGGCCAAGCUCGACAAAGCCCGGUACCAGGAAGAAAUGAAGAACUACGUGGGCAAGAGGAAGAGGAAGAGGAGGAGGGACCCACUGGCGCCUCGGCAGCCCCCAUCAUCCUUCCUGCUCUUCUCCCAGGAUCACUAUCCCCAGCUGAAGCAUGACAAUCCCAACUGGUCAGUGGUGGAGGUGGCCAAGGCCACAGGGAAGAUGUGGUCCUCCACAGCGAACGUGGACAAGCAGCCCUAUACACAGAGAGCUGCGCUUCUCCGAGCCAAGUACUUUGAGGAAUUGGAGGCCUACCGCAAACAACCUCAUGGCCGGAAGAGGCACUGCCAGGGACCGGCCAGGAGGACCAGUUUGAAAAAAUAAAAUGUCACUGAACU